AUGCUGGCAGGAGACCCACAGAGACUGCCUGAGGGCAGAAACCAUCAGCGCAAGCUCUCCCAGACCCCUCAUCCAGACCAGGGACCUACACCAAAGUCCCGCAAGAAGCUUCAAGUUAUCAUUUGUGUGCUGCUGGUGGAGCUAUGUGAGAGAUUCACCUUCUUUGGCAUUGUAUGUAACACAAUUCUCUUCUGCACUGUGAAGCUGGGCUACGACAACUACCUGGCUGCGACAGUCAACCUGUGCUUUAUAGGAGCCAGCACCCUGACCCCAGUGCUGGUUGGGUGGUUUGCAGAAACCUGCUUAGGAAGGAGCAAGGUGCUCUACUUGUGCGCUUUCCUUCAUUUCUUUGGCACAGCCAUGCUACCUGUGGUGGCUUUCCCUUUUGAGGAUUUCUACAUUGACACCCAUCACAUGACCCACCAUUUGGACCCUCGGGAGCAGCAGAUCCUAUUCUACACAGGCCUCCUGGCUGCUGCACUGGGCAUCGGUGGCAUCCGGGCCAUUCUCUGUCCCAUGGGAGCAUACAGUCUGCAGGGUUACAACCAGCACCAGCUACUAUCCUUCUUCAACUGGUUCUACUGGUUGGUCAACCUGAACUCCACUGUUGUGUUUCUGGGUAUUGCUUAUAUCCAGCAGUCUGUGGCCAAAAAUCUGGGUUUCCUUAUACCCUUCACCUCUGUGCUGCUGGCACUCAUUGCCAUACACAUGAUGCGCAACAAACUCACCUACAAACCAAAGAAAGGGGGAUCCUUACUGACCACGUUAGGAGUCUUCCUUAACUCUCUCAAGAUGUGCUGCCUUCAUUAUCGCCACCUGAGUGGAGAUGUGGCAUCUUGGCUGGACAGGGCCAAGGAAAACAACGGUGGCCGUUACAGCGAGACACAUGUAGAGAACGUCAAAGUCCUGGCCAAGCUUUUCCCUCUUUAUGGUCUUCAGCUGCUGUACAGAGCCUGCAUCACACAGAUUCCUUCAGGUUACUACAUACAGACAAUGAACUCAAACCUUCACCUGCAUGACCUCCUGUUGCCGAUUGGUGCCAUGAAUGUAAUCAGCAUCCUGCCUCUGCUGCUGUUGGCCCCGCUGAUCGAGUGUGUGACGACCUGCUACCUCUCUAAGAAUAAAAUUCCUUUGGCACCCGUAAAAGUUAUUACUCUGGGCCAUGUGUGUGCAGCUCUAUCGGCCCUGGUGGCAGGUUUAUCUGAGCUGCACAGGAAGGCUUACCCACUGGUGGAGCAGACUCUCUCUGGGAAGGUUCUGCAAGUUUCGUCCAUGCCGUAUUUCCAGCUGGCUCCCCAAUACAUCCUACUGGGUCUUGCUGAGGCACUUGUGACCCCUGCAUGCUCCCUAAUAUCUUUCCAGCUGACCCCAAGCCACAUCAGAGGAAUCUCCCUGCACUUUCUUACGCUGUCAUACGGAGGCGGCUGCUUUCUAGGAGCCUUCAUCAUUCAGCUGCUGUACUUUGCGUCAGGAGGUAACUUCUACCCAAACACACUGCAUGAUGGGAAUCUUGAAAGAUUCUUCUUUCUCCUGGCCACACUCAUGGCUAUAAAUACCUUUGUGUUUUGGAGUAUAUCUGACAGGUACAUGGACCUGAGUGUGCGGGGUAAAGCACUGACUACCAGCCCUUUGACUGAGAAGCUGCUGCAAUACAAAGCCUGUCUGCGGUUCUAUGAUACUGUGGAUCACUCCUACACAAAUGCCUCCAUUGAAUCCAUUUUAUGA